AUGAGCCCCAGCGAGGUCUUGGAGGAGGUCCGCCAGGCGGAAUUCGUGGCCUUCGACUUGGAGCUGACCGGACUCCAUGUAAAGAACGAGCGUUUCAUCGGCGUGGAGCGCUGCUACACGGCACAUCGCGAGGGCGCACAGACCUUCUUGCCAGUUCAGGCUGAUGGUGACGGGAUGUGCCAAGUGUUGGCAGGUUGGGCUUUGUGCAGCGCGGCGCGACCCGCAGAAGAGCUCAGGGCCAUCGACUCAGGGGGAGAGAAGAUGAGAGAAGACCGAGCUGCCACGAUGGUCUUCCUGGAUGAGAAUGGCUUUAACUUCAACGACUGGGUGAGGUAUGGCUUGGGGUGGCUCCGCCCGGCAGAGGAGGAGGAGAAGCGCCGUAGCAUCCAACAGCGCAUCGACGAAGUCACACGCCUGCAGCGUGCGGCCCAGUGCGCUGCUCCACCUCCUUCCCAGGGGACGGAGGAGCAGCCGGCAUUGGAGAUCCCAGAGGGGGCCGAUCGUGCGGUGAUCGACUCUUGCCGCCGGCAAGUGCGCGAGUGGCUUGAGUCGACCACAGACAGUCCUUUGGAGAUCCCAAUGGAGAAUGCCUUUCAGCGACUCCUGAUGCACACGAUCAUUGCUCAGGAGUUCCCAUCGGUCUACAGCCAUUCGGCCCGCCGUGACGGCGAACGCUUUCUGUGUGUCUACAAAUCCCAGGCGGAGGUCUACGAGGAGCAGCUUCGUGCGCUUCAGGGGGAGAUGGAUGCGCUGGACGCGGAGGUGGGCGUUCGCAGCCUCACCGAUGAGAUCACCAAGAGUCAAACGCCUUUGGUGGGACACAACUGCUUUUACGACUUCCUGCACCUCUACCAGUCCUUCUACGCGGAUCUUCCAGAGUCAAUCCAGGAAUUCAAGGCUUCCUGGCUCCAACUCUUCCCGCAGACCUUGGACACCAAGUUCCUGGCCGAGGCGCAUGAGCUGCUGGUUGGCCUCCAACCACCUGCGAACCUCAAGGGCCUUUGCGACUUCAUGAUGCAGGCCUCCAAGACCGACUCAACACCAGAGCCUUUGCCCGUGACCUUCGAGGUCAAUAACCUCACGGGAGUCGAGUAUCGUUUGCCAAACGUUGUUCCAGGCGAAGCUUUGUUGGAGGAGGACGGGUCUCAUGAGGCAGGCUACGAUGCCCUGAUGACCUCAUUGGUCCUGGUACACCAACUCUCACACAUUUUGGGCAAGAAGCGCAUCCCAUGGAGUCAGUUGGACUUUGCGCCACUGCGGAAGCGUCACGCCAAUGACCCGCGACGCUCUCUGACCGAGAUGCUGCCACUGUCCGUGAACCGCAUUCGUUUGGUCAAGGCGCAGCCUAAUGUCAUCAACUUGAGCGGACGGGAUGAGGCCGACAUGAGCCGCCACUUUCUCAUGUCGGGCUACCCCGCCAGCUGGAAGAAGUGGGACUUGAUGAAGGUGUGGUCUCCACUAUGGGUGGGCCUCUCCUACAUCGAUGACACCUCCUGCUGGGUCAUCGCCAGGAAUGAAGCCGAUGCGAUCAGCAUCCAGAAGAUCUACAAGAUGAUUGAGGAGCCGAGCUUCAAGCUGAUGAGCUAUGAGGAGCACAAGGCUGCCGAGGCGGAUUGUCUUCAAACCCACGAGCUUUGGUCAGGACUCCCGGAGCCGGAGGAAGAGCCAAAGGCCAUGUGCUAA